CAAAUAUCACAAACAAAUUGACACAACAAUGUGGUGCUUUCUUUUGGCAUUUGUUUCUCUUUUGCUGUUGUCCUCCAUCCAAGGAGGCACAGCAGAGCAGUGUGGGAGGCAAGCAGGGGGUGCUCUGUGUCCAGGAGGGCAAUGCUGCAGCAAGUAUGGGUGGUGUGGCACGGCACCUGAUUACUGCAGCACAGGUUGCCAAAGCCAAUGUGGCGGCGGUGGUGGUGGCGGUGACAUUGGUAGCCUUGUGUCACGUAACACCUUUAAUCAGAUGCUUAUGCAUAGGAAUGAUGGUGGUUGCCCAGCUAAGGGGUUUUAUACCUAUGAUGCUUUCAUUGCAGCUGCCAAGUCCUUCCCUAACUUUGCCAAAACUGGAGAUGCUGCCACCCAAAAAAGGGAAAUUGCUGCUUUCUUAGCUCAAACUUCACAUGAAACUACAGGGGGUUGGGCAAGUGCACCUGAUGGACCAUACUCUUGGGGGUAUUGCUAUCUCAAGGAACAAAACCCUGGAUCUUAUUGUGCCUGGGAUCCUAAUUAUCCAUGUGCUGCUGGUAAGCAGUAUUAUGGCCGUGGUCCAAUUCAACUGUCUUGGAACUACAACUAUGGACAGUGUGGAAAAGCAAUAGGGGCGGACCUGUUGAACAACCCGGACCUAGUUGCUACAGACCCUGUUAUUUCAUUCAAGACAGCACUCUGGUUCUGGAUGACCCCUCAGUCACCCAAGCCCUCAUGCCAUGAUGUGAUCACCGGGAGAUGGAACCCGUCUGGAGCCGACAAGUCAGCCGGUCGGGUUCCCGGUUACGGGGUCACUACAAACAUCAUUAACGGUGGACUUGAAUGUGGUAAAGGCUGGAACGCUAAGGUGGAGGAUCGCAUUGGGUUUUAUAAGAGGUACUGUAACUUGCUUGGAGUUGGCUAUGGCAACAACCUUGACUGCUACAACCAGAAACCUUUUGGGUCUGAUCUCAAUGUCAUUCAAUUGCCUGAAAAUUAGUUGUAAUUUGUACCCAAUAAUGUGUGGUAUUUUUUUUUUGGGUGGGGGGGGUGGGGAUUGGUGUAACUACUGUUGUGACACAUUAAUUCAUGUGAUGGCUAGUUAUGAGAAUAA